GCUUCUAUAAGUGUAGAAUUCUGUGAUCUAUGGUCAACGCUCAGAAACAUUGCCAAGUUCACACAUACCAGUAGCCUACCUCUCUAACACAGUGUUCAGAGGAUAUGAUCUUCUAAUAAUAAAUGACUAACAAGUUAAAAAAAUAAAACAAAUACAUAUUUAAAAUGAAUCCACACAGAUCUCACAAUCUCUUUCAGGCAUCUUGAAAUAAUUAUUAUUAUUUCGGUUCGAAAAUAAAAAAUACUUUAUCCUCAAUCCACAUGAGAAGUCCUGGCUAACUGGCUGAACCGGAAACGAACGUCGUUCAUAGCAACAUCUUAAACAAAAUGGCGAGCGCCGAAGACGCAGCGGAGAAGCCUAAGAGCAAAAAGAUAUUUAUAAACCACCUGGAUAGCUUCCAGGGCAAAAACAUCGGAAAGUUCCUGUCUCGGUGUGUUGUUGGUGCAAGCCUUGAGGAAGCAGAGGAAGAUGAAGACAACCAGUCAGUUAGCAGCUCCAUCAUGGAGAAAAGCAGAGAGGGAUGUUAUGAAAUUGUUGGAACUGUCAAGGACAGGGAAAAACAAAAGCCAGACUUUGCUAAGGAACUGAUCCUUUUUGAGAACAAGGAUCAACUGUAUGAGUAUCUGGUAGAGUGUGAUAUUAUCAUCUAUGACAUCACCGAAGAUCCAGAUCAGAUUGAUGAAGCUGUUUGGGCUGUGUCAGAAAUGCACUCAGACCUUGAGAAAAUCGAUAAAUCAAAGAUGUUUAUCUUAAUCUCCUCCUGCAUGACAUGGGCAAAGAGUAAACCUUUGGACCCUGAUGAUCCCGAAAUUCCUUUCACGGAAGAUGAUUAUCGCAGACGCAAGCCUCACCCAAACUUCAAGGAACAUAUCAGUGCUGAGAAAACUGUUAUCAAGCUGGGAAAAACGAAUAAGGCCAAACUUGUGACUUAUGUCAUUUGCUCUGGUUUGACAUACGGAGCUGAGGAAAACAUCUUUCACUAUUUGUUCAAGUCUGCCUGGCACAAUGCCCCACAGCUGCAGUGCUUUGGUGAUGGGACAAACAUUGUUCCUACCAUCCACAUCAAAGAUCUUGCUGCUGUCAUUCAGAAUGUGGCGGAUGCGAGACCAAAAGUGAGGUACAUAAUUGCCAAAGAUGAUGCUCAGAACACACUGGAGGAGAUUGUUAGGGUUGUCAGUCAGAACUUGGGCUCAGGCAAAUUGAAGCAAAUCACAAAAGAGGAGGCUCUUCUUAGCAAAGACAUUGAGCAAGCUGACUUUGAUAUGCUGCUGGUGAACCUGCGAAUGGAUUCAGUAUUUGUGAAGGAAAACAUGCACAUCAGCUGGGUAUCUGAAGCAGGCAUCAUUGACAACAUUAUUCCAAUCAUCAAGGAGUACAAAGAUUCUAGAAGCCUUCAGCCCCUCCGAGCAGUGAUCCUAGGUCCCCCCGCCUCAGGGAAGACCACGGUGACGAAGCAGUUGUGUGAAUUCUACAAACUUCAUCACAUCCUGAUCAAGGAGGUCAUUGACGAGGAGUUGGAGGGCUUGCAAGCAAAGACACGCCGUUCCGAUGAGGAGGACACAGAGGAGGAGGAGGACAGCGGAGCCCAGGAGGCCCAGGAACUCCUGGACCAGAUCAAUGAGAGCAAAGAAAACAACGGAGGUCGCAUCGAGGACCAGUUCAUCAUCCGCUUCUUGCGGGACCGUCUCAAGGCCAUGCCGUGCCAGAAUCAGGGGUUUAUCUUGGACGGAUACCCCAAGACCCUCUCCCAAGCAAAGGAAUUGUUUGCUAAUGAAGAAGAUGAGGAAGAGGCGGCAGAAGGACAGGCUAGCUUCGAUAAAACCAUCAUGCCAGAAUUUGUCAUCAACCUGGAGGCCGUGGAUGACUUCCUGAAGCAGCGUGUGAUGAACCUGCCGGAGUCGGUGGUGACCAACACACACAACACGGAGAAAGAGCUGCUGCGUCGGCUCACAGACUACAGGAACACCAACACAGAGGAUGAUACAGUGCUCAACUACUUUGAUGAGCUUGAGUUCCAUCCAGAGAAAAUAGAUGUGGCAAAGGACAACUCAGAGAUGAUGAAAGAUACUGCUGAGAAGAUCAAGAAAAUUUUUGGAAGCCCCAGAAACUAUGGACCCACCCCAGAAGAAUUGGAAGAGAUGAGAAGGCUGGAAGAAGAAGCAAGAGUGAAAAGGGAAGCAGAGGAAAAGGCUGAGAAGGAAAGGAAGGAGGCAGAGGAACUUCAGGAGAGGAGGAGACGACAGGAAGAAUGGUCUCAACGUCUAAAUGAAGUGAAGAGAGAAGAAUAUGAAUUGCUGGAAGCACAGUCUAUCCCUCUGAGGAACUAUUUGAUGAAACAUGUGAUGCCCACACUGACACAGGGUCUCAUUGACUGCUGCAAGUCCAGACCAGAGGACCCAAUUGACUAUUUGGCGGAGUUUUUGUUCCAGCACAACCCCCAGAUAGACUGAAAACUUCCAAGCUUGAGCAAAGUGAAUUUUGGUUUUCAUUGCACUUUCUCUCUUUGCUAACAAUUUAGUAGAGGAUAUUAUUUUAUGUCUUUAUCAAGAUUACAAUGACAGAUCUUAUAGCUGUGAGUAUGUUUGCUAUGUUUGAACUUAAUUAUGAUUUUAUGUGGGAUCGCAAAUUUUGAAAUUAUUUUGAAUUUCUUUCAAAAACAAUAUUGAAUGAGAGAAGUCUGGAAUUUUAACAUGUGUACAUGAACUCAAGUUAUGGUAAUGUUUGUGUCUUGAUACUUCUUUAUUCUGUGUACAUUGUAUAUCGCUUGUUAUCUUUUUCCAAAGAAGUUCUGUGAUAACUAAAACAGAAAAGUAUUUUGAUAUAAACCUAUACUAAUGUUUGUAAACAGGACUUAAUGUAACUUUUGGUAUGUUCAACCCAAGAUCAAUUUGUACAGAAUUAAAAUACAAAACAAGGUAGGCCUACUCAAAAGUUAACUUAUUAAGAGCAUGAAAAAAUACGCCUUUACCCUUUAGCUCUUUUUAGUUUGCAUGUUUCAGAGAAAUUGAUUAGCACAUGCUGUUUUUCAAGCUGUACAUCUUGUGAAAUAUCAGUUUUAAAAUGCAAUAAAAUAAAAAAUGAAUUUUUG